CGAGGUCAUCUUGUCAACUUGAGCCAACAAUAAUCGAACGAACAGAUACUCAAAUCAUUCUUGCAAGCUCAACGACUGUAGAACAACAUGCAUCUAGGCACCAAGGAGCUCGAUAAGAUAUUGUUAACCAAUGUUGGUUUGCUUGCCCAGCGCCGUCUCUCCCGAGGUGUGAAGCUCAAUCUGACCGAGGCCACAGCUUUGAUCGCUUGUGUUCUACAAGAGCUUAUUCGAGAUGGCCAAUCAUCAGUAGCGGAACUCAUGCAAGUGGGGCGAGAGAUUCUCGGCUUCCGACAUGUACAAGCGGCGGUUCCUGGUCUUUUGAAAGAUGUUCAGGUGGAAGGAACGUUCCCCGAUGGAACUUUUCUAGUAACGGUACAUUCGCCGAUCUGCACGCCCUUGGGGCGUGAGCCUCAUCUCUCAUUGGCUCUAUAUGGCUCUUGCAUACCUAUCCCAAGCGAUCUGAUAUUCCCCGAGGGUAGUGAAUCUCCUUUAUCACCUGAGCAACUACCUGGAGCCAUCAUCGUGAAACGAAGUUCAAAGCGAAGGAGAUCUGGAAGUGAAAGCGCCCAGCCACAGACUUUGAAGAUCAACGAGAACCGUCCAAGGCUGAAGAUAAAGGUCACUAAUACUGGUGAUCGCCCCAUUCAAGUCGGAUCACACUACAAUUUUUCACUCACCAACCCCGCGCUGAGGUUCGAUCGCUUGCUCACUCUCGGUUACAGACUCGAUAUACCUGCUGGAACAUCUGUGCGGUUUGAACCUGGAGAUGAUAAGAGUAUACGUUUAGUUGAGGUAGGCGGUACUGGACAUGUAAGCGGCGGCAAUGGGUUGGAAGGUAAAAGCUGGAAAAGGGGGGAUAUCGUUGGAGGCAAACAGCUCGUGGAUCGAAUGAUCCAAAUGGGCUUUCAACAUGUCCAAGCCGAUAAAGUUGAAAGACCAGAGAGUUGCCAUGAGAUUUCGAGGGAAGCUUACGCCAGUAUGUUUGGACCGACCACCGGGGACAAAGUACGGUUGGGAGACACUUCUCUAUGGAUAGAAGUAGAGCACGAUCACACCACCUAUGGCGAGGAGCUUAAGUUCGGUGGUGGGAAAGUGGUCCGCGAAGGCAUGGGUCAAGCAACUGGAAGAUCAGAUGCAGAGACUCUGGAUAUCGUGAUUACCAAUGCAUUGGUCUUGGACUGGAGUGGGAUAUACAAGGCUGAUAUAGGCAUCAAAGGAGGUAAUAUUGUUGGUAUCGGAAAGGCAGGGAACCCGGAUGUUCAAUCUCGAGUGACCGAUAACAUGAUCGUGGGAGCUAACACAGAGGUGAUCGCUGGAGAGGGUCGAAUAGUGACUGCCGGUGCUAUCGAUGCACAUGUACACUUCAUAUGUCCACAACAAUGCAAUGAAGCUUUAUCUAAUGGCAUAACCACCUUGAUCGGUGGUGGCACUGGCCCUGUAGCUGGCACAAAUGCAACUACUUGUACACCUUCAAGAACUCUGAUUAAAAAUAUGUUUGUUGCUUCAGAUAGCGUUCCGAUGAACUUCUUGUUCACGGGAAAAGGUAACGAUUCAGGCUCUGCAGGUUUGGAAGAUAUGGUGCAUUCCGGUGUCGGCGGCCUCAAAUUGCACGAAGAUUGGGGAAGUACACCGGACGCCAUCGAUUCGUGUAUGUCAGUGUGCGAUAAAUACGAUAUUCAAUGUAACAUUCACACCGAUACUCUGAAUGAAUCUGGAUUCGUGGAGGACACAAUCAAGGCUUUCAAAGAUCGCGUAAUCCACACUUAUCACACCGAAGGCGCUGGUGGAGGUCACGCACCUGAUAUCAUUGUCGUAUGCGGUAAAUCGAACGUAAUGCCGUCUUCCACAAAUCCUACUCGACCUUACACGAAAAACACAUUAGAUGAACAUCUUGACAUGCUGAUGGUAUGUCACCACCUUGACAAGUCGAUACCUGAAGAUGUUGCCUUUGCGGAGUCGAGAAUCCGAGGUGAGACUGUGGCCGCAGAAGAUGUAUUACAGGACAUUGGCGCCAUCUCCAUCAUCAGCUCUGACUCUCAAGCUAUGGGUCGAAUCGGUGAAGUUGUCAGUCGCACUUGGCGAACCGCUUCCAAAAUGAAAUCCCUCAAAGGUUGGCUGAACGAAGAGGAGAAAAUUCGGGGUAUUGACAAUGACCGUGUCAAGCGGUAUAUUGCUAAAUAUACCAUCAACCCCGCCAUUGUACAUGGAAUCUCACAUAUCGUCGGAGAUGUGGCCAUCAAUAAGCUGGCAGAUCUUUGUAUAUGGACACCAGCAAAUUUUGGGGCGCGACCUGAAGUGGUGAUCAAGGGGGGUUAUGUUGCGUGGGCGCAAAUGGGCGAUGCCAAUGCAUCCAUCCCAACAGUCCAGCCAGUCUACGGUCGACCAAUGUGGGGAUCACACUAUCCCGUCAUGGGUCACACAUCAGUGGCAUUUGUAUCUGCGGUCUCGAUUGAGAAAGGGAUCACGCCGUCUUACGGACUUAAGAAGAGACUUGAGGCCGUUAAGGAUUGCAGAAAUAUUCGGAAAACUGACUUGAAACUAAACAAUCUGAUGCCGAAUAUCACAGUUGAUCCCGAAACUUAUCGGGUUGAAAUCGAUGGCGAGCUGUGUACUGUUGAGCCAGCUGUCACGCUGCCACUGACUCAAGGAUAUUACGUUUUUUAGAAGUGGUCUUGGAUAAACUCUACGACCAUUCGCAUUCUUGGGAUGCGCAAAAGAUGGCCCCAUUCAUGUGAUAAUGUAUUGUAUAUUCUUGCAAAUCAGAAGGCAAAGACCUUUAAGUAAUGUAAUUUACAGGCCGGUAAAUCAACUGCAGC